AUGAGCGAUUCACUGCCAGAAACGGACCGGGAGGAGGUGAUGGCCCGUCACCGGAAGGAGAAGAAGGAACUACAGUGUAAAAUACAAUCGAUGAAGAAGCUCAAAGUGGACAAAAAGAAAAAGAAAGAAAUCCUGGAGGAGAUUGCAAAUCUGGAGCUUGAAAUUGAGCAACGGCAUGCAGAGGAGCUAAACCGUCUCAACCUAUCGGACACAAACGAAUCGUCAUCCGGCCAGCCUGUCACUAGUAAUGGUAGUGAGCCAGUGGAAGAAUCGAAACCCGAAGCUUCCGAAAAGGAAGAACCUCGCGUAUCGAAGGCCCAGCGCAGAAGGGACAAAAAAGCUCAGGACAAUCGGGAACGUGAUGCUCAAAUCAAGGAGGAGCAAGCGCUGCUACAGAAAAGUUCGCCCCGGAUCUUGGAAAGCAAUCGUAUCAACGAGAUUCUUAUCAAACGUGACCUGCUUGCUCAUUCGGUACCGGCGGAUGGAGACUGUCUGUACAAUGCGAUCAACCAUCAGCUUACCCAGCUAGGGAUCGGUUCGUACAGUGUGCCGGAGCUGCGUAGUAUGGCGGCGGACUACAUAGAAGCUAAUCGGGACGUUAUGAUCUGUUACAUGAGCAAUCCGGACACGGGAGAUAUGCUCAGUGCGGAAGAGUUCGACAAGUACUGUCAUCAGGUACGGGCCACUAAAGCUUGGGGUGGUGAGAUCGAAAUCAAAGCCCUGUCGACCAGUCUCAAGUGUCCUAUCGAGGUUAUACAGGCUACCGGUCCGGCGACCGUACACGGGGAGGAAGAGAGCGCCGAACGGAAGCUGAUCCUAACAUACCAUCGGCAUAUGUAUCGGCUAGGAGAGCAUUACAAUUCGACGAAACCGCCACAAUCGGUCGAAGAGGAGGAUGAUUAA